UGCUGAGACGACCAGAUAGAGUAUCCCAGAAGUUUUCUGGGGGGUUUCUGAAUAGUCAAGCUCCAAGUUGAUUCCUCUGAUGAACUGCUAGGAACAUCCAGAGCAAGAGAUUUGAAAGAAGUUCCCUUCACAAUGGAAGAAAACUUGCAUGACUCUGAAGAGUCCGUGAAGGAGUUUCACCAGCAGCUGUUGGAAUUGAAGAUGCAGUCAUCCAAGUUACAGAAAACCCUCGAGGCUUUCCAACAUGAGAAUUGGGAAACAGGGAAGGCUAUUAAUUUGUCAGAAAAUGGCCAACUGACUGGUGCAAAAACAGAAUCAGAUGAUCAGAUGGUUGAACAGCGAAGAUAUAUUCUGCGGAUGCUUGAGAGGUCUUUGGUAAGGGAGGUAGAUCUUGAGAAGAAGUUAGCAGAAUCAAGAGAACAUGAAGAUCUAAAAUUGAAACUACACCACACGGAACAAUUAUCAAUGCGCAUGGAAGAAGCUGCGGAAUUUGUUUGGGGAAGAUUUCUUGAGGCAGAAACUGCAGCUGAGAUGCUCAUGGGGAUUUCUAAAGAUAUGAUGGGGCGCCUCCAGAUAGCCGAGCUUAACCUUAAUGGUUCUGUUCAGCGAGAGAAUGAGUUGAAAUCAAAACUUCAAACUUGCAUAGAAGAACUCAAGGAUAAAGACUCUUCUUUAGAGAAGCUUGAGCGUAUUAAUGCUGAGCUCAUGAAGGAAAAUGCUGAAGUGCAAUCUUUGAGGGAAAAGGUGAAAAAUCUUGAAGAAGAACGAAUAGAAUUUGAACAUCAUCUAUCUACUGCAACUGCUGAGAAUGAAACUAAUCAAGAGCAUCUUAUUGAAAUGGAAAAUUUUGUUGAGUCAUUGAAAGAAAGCAUUUAUACAGCAGAAACUAGGGCUGAGAGUGCAGAAGCGAAGGUUACACAGUUAACUGAAACUAACGUCGAACUUACUGAAGAGCUGAAUUUUCUUAAAGGUAGUGCUAGUACGGCAGAAAAAAAGGUGGGUUUACUUGAAAACCAGCUGAGGGAAUCAGAGAUUCAACUACAAAAUGCAAAAGCAUCGUCUGAAGCUAGUCAAGAACAGCAGAACAUGUUAUAUUCAGCUAUAUGGGAUAUGGAAUUGUUAAUUGAAGAGCUAAGAUCAAAGCUAUCGAAGGCGGAAAGUACGACAGAAAGUGCAGAAGAGCAAUGCAUUGUGUUAUCAGAAGCUAAUGAAGAACUAAAUAAAGAAUUGGAUCUCCUGAGAUCUAGAAUGAAAAGCUUGGAAACAUCUCUGGACCAAGCUAACAACUCAAAAAUUUCAAGUGCAAAAGAAAUCAAUGUUAGAACUAAGUUUAUCAUGGACAUGGUCAUGCAACUAACCAUUGAAAGGGAACAUGUCCAUCAACAGUUAUGUGCUUUAAAAAUUGAGAACAGGAGUUUGGAAGAAAAGCUGAAGAAUGUUAAAAGGGAUGUCCCUCUAGAUUCCUGCCACAAUGGAUUAAAUAAUAGCAGUGAAGAUCAAGCUUCUAACAUUGACUCUAGCAAUGGUAGCUGUACGAAAUCUGCUGAUGAAGAAGGAGAAGAUAUUUUAAAUCAAAUUUUCCAGGGGGGUGAGCCAUCCGAAGAUGCAAGCUCUGAAAGUAAAGUAGAAUGUUCCGUUCCAUCACAGAAGUCUGGAAAAUUUAGCAGCUCAACAUUUUUUUCAAUGGCAAUCAUUGUGCCACUGGUUUCUUUUUUAGCCAUCCUCUUGUUUGAUAAGGAAACCUUUCACUUUCUGAGAACAUUUGAUGGUUAAGUCAUGACUUAUGACUUAAUCAUUGAAGAAAUCUGCUGCUUGUGCUUUUGUGAAGUCCUUUCACUUCUGUAUUGUAUUGUAUAUUCAUAUAAUUAUGUAGCCUUAGAAUUGGAGUAAUCCAUUGUUGCAAUUGAAUUGUACAUAUCAA